AUGGAAGGUGAAACAGGAAAUUUCCCUUCAAAUAUUCCAUAUAGCUUUGAACAUUCGAAAAAUAUUAGUAAACAAAUUCUUAAACCAAUACGCCAAGAGAAAAUAGUUAAAGUACCUGUAACUCAGUACAUAGAAAAAAUAAUAGAGAAAGAACAAGUAAAAUACGUGAAUAAAUACGUAGAUGUUAUAAAACCAAUUAUAACGUACAAAACAAAACAUAUACCAAAACCAAUAUAUUUAGAUAAAAUUAAAUACGAGCCGAAGUUAAUAGAAAAAGAAAAAAUUAUACACAUUCCAAAAAUAGAAUAUAGAAAUAAAGUUGUAGAAAUUCCUGUUUAUGUUCAUAAGGAAAAAAUAAUAGAAAAAAAGGUGCCUUUAGUAAUUGAACGUGUUGUUCCAGUUCUUAAAAUUAAAAAAAUUGAAAAAGAAGUAUUAACUAAUACAGUAGAAAUCCCUGAAAUCAGUGAAAUAACAAAAAAUGAAAUGAAUAUAAAAAUUUCAAAAAAUUCUUAUGAAUCAAACAAAGAAAUUUUAAGUAAAGUUCCAAUAAAAAAAAAUACUUAUGCAUUAGAUUUAAAAAACAGUAAAGAAGAUGUUUAUAUUCCAGAAACAAGCAGACGGUAUGAAUCACUAAAUGACCCCAUUAUGUAUUCAUCAAUGCAAGUACAUCAUUCUGAAAUUGAUCAAUUGAAAGCUCAAAAAUUAAAUAAUGGUAACAGCAAUACUACUUCUGAAGAAGGUUCUUACAAAGAUCGUUUGUAUAACAAAAACGAAACUGGCUAUCACGAUGCUACCAAUGAUGAUGUAAAUUCUAAUUUAAUAUCAGACAAUGAAAACAGAAUAAAUAAUACAGAAAUUAACUCUAAAGAAUAUGUUAAAAAUAUGGAAGAAAAUUAUUACAAUAUAGAAGAAUUACAUAAAAAUUUUAAUACUACUCAUGUAAGUAUUCAUUUACCUACAACACAAAAUGUGGUACAGGAGUCAAUUGAACAAAGUUAUAUGAAUUCCUACGAUAACAAUUGCAAUAUAUCUAUGAAUCAUAUAAUAGAUAAUAACUGUAUUAAUGAUAAUGGAAACACACCUAAUAGAUACAAUGAGGAUAGCAUGAAAGCAAUAACUAAUGAAAAGUUAAUUCAUGAAUCUUGUAAUGGCUCAAAAAGAUACUCCUCAAUACCAAUACAGGAAAAUAGUCAUGGAAAUUAUCGUGCUAUUACAGGGGAUCACAUUGAAAUGGAACAAAAAUCAGUUAAUCCAUCAAAUAUGCACUUUUCUUAUGAAAACUAUGCUUUAUCGCAAAAUAUAUAUGGACAACGAUCAAUUCCAAGCAAAUCAAAUUUUAAACCAUCUUAUGCUAAUAGUAAUGGACAAGCAUUUGUAUCAGUACGCCCUGCAACAAUUGUAGAAUUAAAGCCCAAACCAAGAAAAAAUAAAACAUCAAUUUGCAAUUUUAUAAAUAAUUGUUGUGGUCGUAAUGAUUUAUAA